ACCGUUUUCGCGUUCUCUGCCUGGCGAACAUACUGCUCCAAAAAGUCUACCAGCUUCUCUUCCUACAACCCCUGUAACCUUUCAAAUUCCAACUCCCUCUUUAACGGUUCCUACCACACAGCAAGCAACUGGUGUAGAAGGUAAACUUGUAAAAGCGAGAAAUCGUCGAAGUCUUUCUACUUCUUCGAGCCAAAGUUUACUUAAGAAAAGCUUAUCAAUCAAACCACGGGCUUUAUCGAAUCUUUAUCCUCCAAAUUUACUCUCGACUAUCGAGGGCGAUGCAAAUAACAGAUCGUCUUUUGAAGACUUCGACUUUUCGACUUCUGGCCUUCCCUUUACCGGAACUACCUCUGGUUCAAAUUCCAGUAGUAGUUCCUCUAACUCUCCAUAUUUGACUUCUUUUCCUUUUUAUCAAAGAGAAAGACACCACUCUUUAUUUUACUGCUACGUCGUCUCAACAAAAAUUGACUCAUCAACCGAUCCAACAUUUUUUCCUGAUUUAUCGAUUGAUGCUGAACAAAAUCGUCUUAGUAAUUUGCAUAUUAUUGAUGAUGGUUCUCCAGAAUUUACCUUUCCAAAAGUUAAACGAAAACUUCUAAAAGAUUUGGAAGAGGCAAAAAGUCGUGCUGAUAAAAGAAUUAUGGUGAUUUUGGAUAAUUGGUAUAAGUCUCACCAAUAUCAAGAACUUUUAAGCGAGUUUUUAUAUGAUGGCUGGAGUGAUGAUGAUGAUGUACAAAAUAUUCCAAUCAAUAUUCAAAAAAGUAGUAGUCAGAGAACAUUAAGUAAAACGACGUCCAGUCCGGUCAUUAGUGAUACAGAUGAUGAGGCUUCUCCUUUAAAUAGGCUAUUACCUGAAAUUAAAUCAAUAAAGAAUGAUGCGCUUUCAAAAGAUAAAAUCACAAAUAAAGUGGAGUCUGUGUCAUUAUAUGGUAAUACGAAACCAAAAAACAUUACUGCUGUUCAUGAUUUAUUACAUCUCAACGUUGCUGUUGAGAUAAUGAAAGAACUUCAGGAAUUAAUGGAAUCACAACGAAAGAUGGCUGUUGGUAAUGCUGAUGCCGAAGACUUGUUAACGAAAUUAAUUUACGUUUUCGCUGAUGUUACAAGAGCUGUUGAAGCUGUGAAUUGUCCUUGGGCUGAAACGCAUCAAGAAUUUUCGGGUGAUGGCGGAAUAAAUGAUACGUUGACAACUGGUUCAGAGUGGUCUUCACCAUUGCCGUCGCCAUUGCUUCCCACGACUCCAUCUUCAUAUUCUCCGCCUCUAAUAUUACAUGAAAGGCGCAAGUCUUCCUUAGAAAUCGAUGGAAAUAAUAAAUCAAACGCACUUUUAUCACCACAACAUGCGUAUUCGUCUCCAUUAGCUCGUCAUGUUACUAUGCCCCCAAUAACGCCAGCUUCAAAAAUUACUCUUGAACAGCGUCGUGCUUCUGCGAAUGAAGCAAUAUUCGAAAGCCCGAUAAUGUACGUUCCUCCUCCUCGUUCAAGUAUGGAUGACAAUAUUAUUACUUGGAACAAUUUAACAAAGAAGCAGGUAGACCAGAUGCUUCAUGAGGAAAUGAAUAGGGAAAUUGAUUUUAGCAUAAGGUUGAAGAAACAGCAAGAAGAUGUGGAUCCAGACUCUAGGAAAAAAUCGAAAAAACCAAUGAUGAACUUUUUCAAAUCACUAAAAAAUGCGUUUAAUAGUCCCACAUCAUCGACUAGUGUAUCUCCAAUUGGGUCCCCAACUCGAUCAAUUAUUCAACCGAGUCCCAUUCGUAAUACACAUCUACCACGUCCUCAACCAUCGGAAAGCCAACGAUCUUACUCUUUUGAUUCACAGUCGCGUCCAUUGUCUGGUCGUAGUAAUUCAUUAAUGUCAACAAAAAGUGAUAAUAAUUUUGUUAGCGGUCAUAGUGUAACCGUAACUCCAAAUUUUCCAAUUCCGCAUGAUUAUAUACUAUGUCGUAUUUGUGAGGAAAUGAUUCCUAGUUAUGAGAUAGUAGCGCAUUCAGAAACAUGUACUAUCACUACAGAAUAUGCGAUUAAAUUACAGGAAUGUGAUGGUAGGCUUCGCAGGUUAAUUGGGGAUGUCACAAAGAGAAAGGCAGAAAUUAUGGAAAGAAAUACCCCUUACCAAGACUAUUAUAUUAUAAAAGACUCAGAAAUGAUGGAAGAAACUGGAUUAAAGGCAACUGAAAUCAAAGAAUCAUUAAAUCAUCGAGAAGCUCUUAGAAAAAUAGAAAAAUAUGCAACUAAAUUGGGCCGUUUGGUUGAUGAAAUGGAAAAAAAUACGAUUAGAGAUGAAGAUAUAUUGACUUAUGGAAAGAGAUUGCUUCAUGUGGAUACUGUACCUUCGCAUAAACGACAAGAUAGUACUGGUUCUGUAUCACAUAAUAAACCUCUUUCGGAAAUUGAUUCCGAUAACGCUCCGCCACCUCCACGUGGCGGAAAGAAAUUGAUUUCGUUAUUCACUGCUGUCUUACGUGGGGGUAGUGGCCGUUCAAGCAGCAUAUCGAGUAAGGAAACCGUCAGCUCUUCAAAUGCUGCAGUUGCUAAUGGAGAUAAAGUAACCAAAGUUCCAAGUAUACAAGAUUUUGAAAUUAUUAAACCUAUUAGUCGAGGCGCCUUUGGUAAAGUAUAUCUUGCAAGAAAAAAGACAACAGGCGAUCUUUAUGCCAUAAAAAUCUUAAAGAAGGUAGAUAUGGUGCGCAAGAAUAUGGUAAAUCAUGUACUAGCGGAAAGAAGAGUUCUUAGCCUAUCAAGAACUCCAUUCGUAGUUAAACUAUUUUAUGCGUUUCAAACGCUCGAAUAUCUUCACAGCAAUGGCAUAACUCAUAGGGACCUGAAACCUGAUAACAUGCUUAUUACAUCCGAAGGGCAUAUAAAACUUACUGAUUUUGGUUUGUCCAGGAUUUCAAUUCCUGAGAAAAGUAGCCUGGCGUUCAUAAAAGAAGAGCGAGAAACGAAUAAUGAUGAUAAGAAAUCUUACCAAAGGACCUUAAGAACUGGUAGCGUUGAUUCACGUGCCAACGUUGGAAAUCCUCGUCCAGUCUCUGCUGUUUUCUCUAAUGAAAAUCCAAAACUUUCUGGUUAUAUCAAUCUUGGUUUUGAACCACAGUCAUCAGUAAAACAAUCAAAGAAAUCGAAUCGUCAAAGUUCUAAAGCUCUAUUAGGUACACCAGAUUAUCUUGCACCAGAGUUACUUCUUGGUAUUGGACAUGGAACUGCAGUAGACUGGUGGUCUCUUGGCGUAUGUCUUUUUGAGUUUUUAGUUGGAUAUCCACCUUUCAAUGAUGAUACGCCACAAGAAAUCUUUAGAAACAUUUUAAAUCAUGUUAUUCAAUGGCCACCGGAAGGAUUUCUAUCAUCAGAAGCCAAAGAUUUAAUUUCAAGAUUAUUAAAUCAAGAUCCUGAAAAACGACCAACUGUUGAAGAGAUCAAAACUCAUACUUUUUUUAAUGGAAUUGAUUGGGAACAUAUUCGCCAACAACCUGCUCCUUUUGUACCUAACCCUGAAGACGAACAGGACACUAGUUAUUUUGAAGCGCGUAACAAUCGCGCAGAUAUCCGUCGCCUUUCUUCUGGUAACAUUGAUGAUAUCGCUUCAGGAAAAGUGGCUACUUUUGUGGAUCGUAGAUCAGCCAUUUUUGACGAUGAUAUUGACUUGGCUUCACAAAUUUCUGGCGGCAAUGUUUCGUCUCCUAUAUUACAGACAGUUACAGAUGAAUCUGCUGAAAAUUCUUCGAAUUAUUCACCAUCAUCACCACGCUACAAGUCUGAUUCAACAAACAAUUCACGACAGUCCUCGUUAAAUUCAGCAUCUCUUAAACCACCAGUUGAAGAAAUACAAAUUCCUAUAAAGUCUGCUCAGAAGCGUAGGCCAUCACUCUUAAAGAUUACAGCUGGAAAGUCAAGAAAGCAGUCCAUAAGCGGCGUUUAUGAUAAUGGUUCUCAAUCAUCUUCAGCAUCUGGUACACCUACUACUUUGACAAUGACUCCAUUGUCAACGUCGGCUUUGACUUCCCCUGCCUUUAAUCCAUCAAGGCGCUCAACACUCGUAGGAUCACCAACAGCAUUAGGUGAUUUUGAACAAACAAAUGCCUAUGAUCUUGAAAAAUUACACAUUGGAAAUCAGCCAACAACUCAGGUUGAGGAUGAUGAAUUUGAUGAAUUUCUUUAUAAGGGUGUUUCAGUUUUAGGUGAUGUUACUAGGGAU